UUUUAUGUAAACUUUGAAGACUCUAUUGUUCAAUGCUCACGGGAAAGUUUCAAAAAUGAGUGACAAUAUGAUUAAAAUAGGAGACUAUAUUGUAAUCCAAAAGCAGAAUUUCAAAAAGCUUCACAAGUAUAAUAAGCCUAAUUCUACUAUUACCGUAGGAAGAGACAGUAUUAAUUUAAAUGGCAUUGAGGGGUGUCGAUACUUUUCUACUUUCAAAAUGAUAAGUAAAAGUAACAAAAAAAACAGGGAAUACACAGUGGAGCUAACUGACGAGGUGGUCAAUCUGAAAGAUGAGAUUGAGAUAAAAUUAUCUGGUAGUGAUAAUAGAAACAUCGUUGAUGAUGGACUCUCACAGAAACUGACAGCUGCAGAAAUCGAAGACCUGAAGAAUGACGCUAAUAGGGCUUCAGAUAUUAUAGAAUCUUUAAUUACUAAUUCAAAUACCUUUCACAAUAAAACAGAGUUUUCUCAGGAGAAGUAUUUAAAGAAGAAAGAAAAGAAAUAUUUUGAAUAUUUACAAAUAUUAAAACCUAACCUAAGAACGAUAGCAGAAAUCAUGUAUAAAUUAGAACCUGGUAAAGUUCAAAAUUUAAGAAUAGACACUUUGUCACAGAUUAUUACAACUGUGAAUAUUUAUUGUGAGGGAAAUCAUUUAUUAUAUGACUCUGGAUCUAAUGGUUUAGUUGCUGCGGCUUUAUUAAGUUCUAUUGGUCAAAAUACUAAUGGUAGACUAGUCCACAUGCACCCUGGCAACAUGUCUCAGAAACAAGCUCUCUUAGCUAUGAAUUUUCCAGAAGAACAACUUAAGAGAUGUAUUUCUGUUAAUGUUUAUUCUGCAUUAAGACAAUUUUAUCAAGGUUGUGAUACAAAUUCAAAUGAAAAUAUAAAAGAAAUUCCUAUCACAGAGUCAAAUCAAUUAAAAAGAAAAUUAGUAGAAAAUGACAAUGAACCUAGAAGAAAAAUUGCUAAACCUGAUGAAGAAGUAUCUGAACCAGUAAUUGAUGAAUUAAAGGAAAACAGUAAUAAAGGUGAUCCAAAGAUACCAAAAUGGCAUUUCGAUAACAUUUAUGCUGCACAAAUUCUUGAAAAAAAAUUGGAUUCAUUGGUUAUAACUUGUAAGGAAGAUCCCCAAAAUAUAUUUCUUGAAUUAAUUAAUUUUAUCAAACCUGGCCGACCAUUUGUUAUUUACUAUAAUGUAUCAGAGCCAUUACAAAAUCUAUACUUAGCUUUAAAAUCACAAAGUAAUGUUGCAGCAUUAAAACUCACAAGCAACUGGAUGAGGAAUUACCAGGUUUUGCCAGAACGAACACGUCCAGAUGUUAUUAUGAAUGGUGCUAGUGGGUAUUUGUUAUCAGGAUAUGUACUUAAAUGAGAAUUAUGUUUGUUACAAC